GAUCGGUCCGACACACCAUCGAGUUGGUUGAAGGUGUUGUUCCUCCAAAGGGCUGCGUAUACCGAAUGGGACCCGGCGAGUUGGAGGAACUCCGGCGACAGAUUGAUGAGAUGAUUGAUAAGGGGUGGAUCAAGCCUAGCGAAUCUGAAUUUUGCGCUCCUGUGUUGUUUGUUCCAAAGAAAGGAGGCAAACUCCGCAUGUGUAUUGACUAUCACGGUCUAAACCGCAUCACAAGAAAGAAUGCCUAUCCAUUGCCUCGUAUAGAUGACUUGCUUGAUGUCGCAGGUGGGUGCAAGGUCUUCUCCAAGAUCGAUCUCAAGUCUGGCUACCACCAGAUUAAAUUCGAUCCUGCGGACCAGCACAAGACUUUGUUCAAAACACGCGAUGGGCUUUACGAGUUUACCGUAAUGCCCUACAGUCUCACGAACGCACCGGCCACCUUCCAAAGCCUUAUGAACAAAGUCCUCCGCGAACAGAUUGGCCGGUUCGUGGUGGUCUACCUCGAUGACAUUCUAAUCUUCAGCAAGUCCAUGGAGGAACACCUCAAGCACCUUGAGGAAGUACUGACUAUCGUCAAGAAGAUGCAACUCCAUCUCAUCUAUCUUGGGCACUGGUUGUCUGCUGCAGGCCUAGAGCCUGAAGCAACCAAGGUGGAGGUCAUAUGCAACUGGCCUCAGCCCGUAAACAUUCGCGAACUGCGUUAUUUUCUUGGUCUCGCGUUAUACCAUCGAAAGUUUGUGCCCCGCUUCUCCAUUGUUGCGCGUCCAUCGUCUCGACUAACAAGUAAGAAUGUUCCCUACUCUUGGGAUACCGCGUGCACGAACGUCUUUCACGCCUUGAAGGACGCCUUGGUAAGUUACCCGGUACUCCGCAUUGCAGAUCCCAAACUGACAUUCGUAGUUACUACGGAUGCAAGUCAGUAUGGAAUCGGCGCAGUGCUGCAACAAGAUCAACAAGAUCACGGCGAUGGCUUGCAGCCACUCGAGUACUCCAGCAAACGCAUGCCCGGCGUAAAGGUAGCCACUUCCACCUACAUGCGCGAGCUCUAUGCUUUGCGUAUGGCGUUGGACCAUUGGAAACACUAUGUUUUGGGACGCCACUUCAAAGUCUUCUCAGAUCAUCAGACUCUGAAACAAAAGUCGAUGGGGCUACUCACACCCCUACCCAUUCCCGAUGGUCCCGAGAAGUCUGUCUCCAUCGACUUCACCGACAUGGGAAAGGUAAGUGAGAGCGGCUACUCACAGGUCAUGGUGAUUGUUGACCGAUUCUCUAAGUUCCUCAACCUGAUCCCUUUGUCGCCUCACGCCCCAACAGAACUAGCGAUUCGUGAUUUCCAACAGAAGUACAUUUUGCAGUUCGGAACCCCGAAGACUCUGGUGAGCGAUCAGGAUCCGCGCUUCAUUAGUACUGAGUGGAAGGACUUCACGUCUCAACUGGGGAUCAAGUUGUGUAUGACAUCUGGCCGACACCCCGAAGCCAACGGUUUGGUUGAGGAGAUCAACCAGACUCUGCUUCAACUUCUUCAUGCUUUGAAGAUCCCGAAUCAGGAAACAUGGGAUGAGGAGUUGUAUUCCGUUAAGGGGUUGUACAACAACUCCGUCCACUCCGCCACCGGCAUGACACCCAACAGGCUGCAUUACAGUUGGCAGAUCCGGAAGCCGCUCUCUUACCUAUUCCCUGAGCAGCCAGUUGGUUUAACACCCGGCAGACCUGGCUUCAAGGCCAAGUAUGAUCGCUUGCUCAAAGUUGCCAUUGCAGCUAUGACCAAGCGACAGCACGCCAUGAUCCAUCAUGCAAACAAGAAGCGUCGACCAUCGGAUAUUCAUGUAGGAAGCUAUGUCUGGGUCAAGAUGUCUGAAUUCUCAUGGCGCCGCGUCGCAUUUGCGUCGCGAGUGUUGACACGACUUGCGGAGGAUUUGCGGUGUAAGGAGAUUACCCGCGAGUGUCAGGCCUCAAAUGAGCCGGUGAAAUUCGGGCGAAACACUCAUUGCUCUUGUUGGGGUUAGGCAGAUUGGAGACUCGUGUGUGAGUGGUAGCGCGCCAAUUUUCUGGUACCGGAUUAACGCUGACCCGGGUUAAAGCACAGUCGUAGCUCCGACGAUGUUCUUCACGGGUCGGGAAAGGUAUUUCAUCAAUUCCCCCGUUUGCUGCUGGACUUUGCGCCGCAAAGUUGUGUGGUAGUGGAUGGCGCCGCGUCGCAUUUGCGUUGCUCCCUCUCUAUUAUGGGCCCUGGGAAGUUUUGGAUGUGAUUGGUGAAGAUCGGUGAAGAUCACUUUGGCCCUUCGUACGUCAUUGAUGUGCCAGCCCAUCGGCGCACAUACCCCGUGUUCCACACAUCCAAACUGUACCUCCACCGUGAUGCUAAGACAUUCGAUUAUCGCGAAGAUAUGAUCCCUCGUGCAAUCAAAGGCGGGCACGAGAUAGACAGGAUCAAACAACGUGUAGGGAAGGGACGCAACAGACAGUACCAGGUUCACUUCAUGUACCACCCAUUAGACGAUCUGUACUGGAUUUCCAAACAGGUACUGCUACGCAGUGCACCGCGUGUUGUCAAAGCCUACGAGCAACAAAUCGCCACUAACGUU